AUGGCGGAUGUUAUGAACGUUGGUGUGAAUUUAGAAGCUUUUUCUCAAGCGAUUAACGCUAUUCAGGCUCUUAGGUCCAGUGUGACCAGAGUUUUCGACUCGCUGAAAGAUGGAAUGAAGAAUAAGGAAACCCUCGAAGGACGAGAAAAGGUGUUUAUCACCGAAUUUCAGGACAAUUUGCAGUCAGUGAACCGCGACUUGACUGAGUUGGAGCGACUCAGCAAUCUGGUUGGAAGGCCAUCAGAGAGCCAUCCCUUACACAACAGUGGCCUACUGAGCUUAGAUCCGGUGCAAGACAAAACCCCUCUGUACAGCCAGCUUCUCCAGGCUUACAAAUGGUCCAACAAGUUGCAGUAUCAUGCCGGCCUGGCCUCCAGCCUCCUUAACCAGCAGUCUCUCAAGCGCUCAGCCAAUCAGAUAGGAGCGUCAGCGAAGAGGAGGCCGAAAGUCCAGCCCAGCACCCUCGUCCUGCCCAUCCAGUAUGUGGACGAUGUGAUAUCCAGAAUUGGCCGCAUGUUUCCAGACAUGUCCAUCGAGCUGUUCCGGCCCAACGGGACAUCAGCUGUACUUCUGGUGACGUUGGGGAAGGUGCUAAAAGCCAUCGUGGUGAUGAGGAGUCUGUUCAUCGACCGCACCAUCGUCAGGGGAUACCACGAAAACGUCUACUCUGAGGAUGGAAAGCUGGACAUCUGGUCGAAAUCCAACUAUCAAGUAUUUCAAAAGGUGACAGACCACGCCACUACGGCCCUGCUGCACUACCAGCUGCCCCAGAUGCCUGAUGUAGUGGUCCGCUCUUUCAUGACGUGGCUCAGGAGCUACAUCAAGCUUUUCCAAACUCCGUGUCAGCGCUGUGGCAAAUUCCUGCAGGACGGCCUCCCGCCCACCUGGAGGGACUUCCGCACCCUUGAGGCCUUUCACGACACAUGCAGGCAGUGAGGUGGCCCAGAACGCAAGGAAGUACACCCUACAGGAGCGGUCACACUACCUGCUGGACUGUAAUCAACAGUUGGACACAAGAAAUGGGAUGCAGAAAUCUUUUUCUGUACGCUGAACUUAGAGAAAGAUCCUUUUUUUCUUGCAUUACAUCUCAGUAGCUGUCCAAGCCCUUGGUUUACUGGGUGUGCUGCUUCACUGGGAAGGACUCGUACUCGCUCUCAUCAGUAAACAUUAACUCCAGGCAUACGUUUGUGCUGCGCUCACAUCUAUAGUUUCCCAAACUUGCACAAACUUGUGUCCUACUUAUUUUUCCCCCCGUUAGUUUCACAGCUUUUUACCUAAAAGAACAUUAUGCUGCAGUGAAGUACUCCAAACCAAGUCAUGCAGCACUCUUUUUGUUGUUGUUGUUGUUGUUUGUGAGCGGUUUUGUAGUUCCAUUUAUAAAGAAAAGUUCUUCAAUAUUUUAUGAUACACCCUUGAAAUGUUAGGGAUGUGUUAUUUUAUAAUAACACAAACUGCUACAACUGGGUCAUAACCUCAGUGUGUUCUGUAAGCGAUGGCUCUUUCUAUG